AUGGCUAGGAGUCAUAAAACAAUUGACUCUGUAACACGUAUGUUGGAUAUGACAUCAGUACCCGCUAUGUUGGUAGAUGAGGAUUUACAGACGUUAAGAGAAACACGUAUGUUGGAUAUGACAUCAGUACCCGCUAUGUUGGUAGAUGAGGAUUUACAGACGUUAAGAGACAAUUCUUCCGACAGCGGAGAUUCUGAAUAUGUUUCCAACGAUGAGAAUAAUGACGAUGCAGUUGACGAUACUGAUUAUGAAGAUCUUGGAGACCAGACGUAUGAAUGUCCUUUUUUUGGUUCAAUGAUGUGGUACGGUGAAAGAAUUGACAAGCAUAGACAAACAUCCAGGCCCAAAUUUGGCUUAUGUUGUAUGUCCGGGAAAGUCCAGCUCCCAAAAAUAAGAGAUGCACCUCCUACACUUAACAAUUUAGUGUUUGGCACUGAUCGGAGGAGCAAACAUUUCCAAGAGAACGUACGAUCGUAUAAUAUGAUGUUUUCUUUCACGUCGCUUGGUGGAAAAGUGCAGACAUCUAUUAAUAACGGAUCUGGUCCAUACACAUUUCUGUUACACGGACAUAAUUACCAUCUACUGGGCAGUUUAUUGCCAGAAGAAGGCACUAGGCCUAAGUUUGCCCAACUUUACAUUUUCGACACAGAAAAUGAGAUUCAUAAUCGAAUUGAUGCCGUCAGGUCCGGAAAUCAAUCUAACAAUCUUGACCCAGCCAUCGUUGCAUCGUUGAAAGAUAUGAUUGACGGUAACAAUGUACUUGCACAGCAUUACCGUGCUGUUCGAGAUCAUUUUUCCAAUGAUGGCCAUCAAGGAGUAAAAAUCAGAUUGGUAAAGAGUCGCAGUACUGAUGGCAGGACGUACAAUCUUCCUAACGCAAGUGAAAUAGCAGGCUUGAUCUAUCCUCUUUUAUUUCCUUACGGUGAAGAUGGUUAUCGAGACGAUAUCAGUUUGAGAGAAUCUUCAUUUGCUGAUAAUAGAAAACGAAGGAAGGUAAGCAUGCGAGAAUUCUUUGCAUACCUAAUUCAUAAAGGGCAUGGAGAACAUUCGUUACUUUUGCAUUCCAAGAAGUUAUUUCAGCAGUUCUGUGUUGAUGGAUUUUCGAUGGUUGAGUCACAGAGGUUGAAUUUCAUAAGGUUCAAUCAGGAUCAACUUAGGGUUGACAUGUACAAGGGUAUCAAAGAAAAGAUUUUUAAAGGAGACACUGAGGGUAAAUCUGUUGGACAACGCAUUAUAAUCCCAGGGUCGUUCACCGCAGGUCCAAUGUAUAUGUUUAACAACUUCGUUGAUGCUCUUCAAAUAUAUGUCUGCACAAUUGAAUUUCAGAAACGAGGUCUACCGCAUGCACAUAUUUUAUUGUGGUUGCAUAAUGACGACAAGCCAAAGAAUCCAGAAGAAAUUGACAGGAUCAUAUGUGCUGAAAUUCCUGAAGAAGAAAACGACAGAAAGAUGUACCAGUUGGUGGAGAAGUAUAUGAUACAUGGACCGUGCGGUCAGGCAAAUUUGAAAUCUCCAUGUAUGAAAGAUAGAGUUUGCACGAAACGAUUUCCAAAGCCGUUUGUGCAGCGCACUGAAUCAGAUGCAGAUGGGUUUACAGUGUAUAGGAGAAGGGAAGAUGGCAGAACAGUUACGAAGAAGAAGACUACUCUUGAUAAUGGGUUUGUGGUCCCCUACAAUCGUAUAUUGUUGAGUAAAUACCGAGCUCACAUUAAUAUCGAGCUAUGCAACCAAAACAAGUCAAUUAAAUACCUAUUCAAAUACGUAAACAAGGGGCAUGACCGAGUCACAGCGGCAUUUUAUGAGACACGCAAUACAGAUGGCGGUGCUGAGAUUCGUGAUGAGAUAAAGAUGUAG